CCCGUGGGGGUUCGGUACGUUCUUACCUCUUCUCUUCAGUAUCAAGGCCGCAACGGAGCUGUCAACGCCGCCUGACAUGGCGCACACGACGUGCCUUAUAACACCCAUAUUUUAGAAAUAACUCCUGGUCACCUAUCUAAUGUUGUAUUACGCUAAGCGAAAGAACGAAAACCCACUCAUUGGUCACGUAACGGCGGCGGUCAUAGUUGUGGUCCGUUCUGGAAAGAGGUCCGGCUGGAACCGCCGGUCAAAGCGGAACUAUAUAUUUUAGCUGGGAACAAACUCCACAGGGCUGUUACACACUACUUGCGUUUUGGCGAAUAAGCUGUGUCUUUGCACAGAUGGGUGAGGAUGUGUCUGCUGAUAGUGUCACCCUGGAUCUUCUGUUAGAAGCCAGGGAGACGGUCAAAAGCAGUCCCUUGGGGGUCAUCAACACCCCCAUGGUCCCCUGGAGCCAGACCACCUUGCCUCUCAACAAGGCUUGCAACAUCCACAUCAAACUGGAGAACAUGCAACGAACCGGGUCCUUUAAAAUUAGAGGCGUGGCCAAUCAGUUUGCCAGGAGACCAAAAGGUGGUCAUUUUGUCACCAUGUCUGCCGGGAAUUACGGGAGGUCGUUUGCGUACGCGUCAAAACACUACGGCUGGAAAGGCAAAGUGGUGAUGCCCGAAACCGCCCCGGUGUCCAGAUCCGUCCUCAUACAGGGUUUCGGGGUCGACGUGGAGCGAGUUCCCACUUCCUGUCUGAUGAAUGAGGUAACGCGUUGCGUUCAGGAGCAGAACAUGACUUUCCUGCACUCCUACGACGACCUGGAUCUCAUAGCAGGGCAUGCCAGUCUGGGCCUGGAGAUCCUGGAGGUGGUGCCUGAGCCCGACGUGGUGGUGGUGUGCUGCGGAGGAGGUGGACUGCUGGCCGGAGUGGCGGCUGCAGUCAAGCUGUCAGGAUGUGACAUGAGCAGAAUCUACGGAGUGGAACCAGAAGGAGCCUGUACCAUGCACAGGAGCUUCAUAGAGAAGAGGCCAGUGGCCAUGGACACACGCAGUGUUGCGUCAGGACUUGCGCCGCCGUUUGCAGGCACGCUGCCCUACGAGCUGUGCCAGCGUUACGUGGAAGGGAUCGUCCUGGUGAGCGAUGACGACAUCAAGGCCGCCGUGUCCGCACUCUACAAGGCGGGUCUGGUGGUGGAGCCGUCAGGCUCUGCUGCCUUUGCCGCCAUCGCUUCUAACAAGAUCCCUGAACUUGAAGGGAAGAACGUUGUGUGCAUCCUCAGUGGCGGAAACAUCGGCAAAGACGAGCUUGGAAACUUCCCAGACUGACAAGACGAGUCUGCAACUCAAUAAUGGAGUCGGAACAGUAAAAUUGAAAAAAAAAUAUAUAUAUAUUUUUUUUUUAAUUCAGUUUUUGCAUUUUUUAGCAAAUUAAAAUGAUGGUGCUAGAUGUGUCCAUUAUUUAGAGUGACGCUUAAAAAGAACACUAUAUGGAGAAAUGAAUGUUGCAUCUACAUGACAUCCUUAAUGGCCAUCCUGCAUACGACUGCAUCCAGAAGAGUCCCGCACUUCUCCUCCUGAGGGCUGACUUUGUACAGCUGCAAACCAAGAUGGGGAUCUUAGAAAGAACACAAUAGUGGUGAAAUGUGCGUUAUUCCACCAGGGCACCUUUUUAAUCUUUGCACGGUCUGAGAGCGAGGACAUGUCAUCCACUGGAACCUGCUGUCCAUCCACUUUGGCUGUGAUGUCUGACACAAGAUGGGAUUCCUCUUUCUUGUGGACCAGGACCACGAGGACUGAGUCGUCACCAUCCGAGACCCCAAACUUUUUGAAGGCAUCAUUAAUCUGUCAGGGCAAAAUUUACUUUAAAUGUGAAGUCAAGUAAAUAGAGUAAAAAUUAGAAUUUUUUUACAUUAAAUUACACUGACAAUUUCAUAACAUUUUUAUUUCAUAGUUUAAUUUAAUUUACCAUAAGUGGGUUUUGAGUUUUUCAGCAUUACAUUAUCCUGCACUGAAUUGGAAAACCCUGUAUUUUAACAAACUGAAUUUGUAAUUACACAACUUUUCCUUACAAUUUUUUAUAUAAUAAAAUUGAUAGCUAAUUUGAUUUAAAUCGUAAGCAAAAUGUGUGUGUUUAAAAGUUCCAUUUGUUAAAUUCAGUUUAAAUAAAUUCAGAGCAGAAGUAUUUGUUCCUUCAAAACUCAAGACCCACUUCCGGCAAAUAACAUU